UGAAUCGGGAAAGAAAAUAAAUAGAAAAAAAAAAAGAAAAUCACAUUUUACAAAAGAAAAAAAAGAAAAGAAAGAAAAGAAACCGGACGGCAUUGAACCGGACCAUUUUCUUUGUUAUCUUCCUUCUUCUCUUCUCCUUCUCGUUGCAGCAAUACCUGCUGCUGGCUUGCUCGCUCGUUCACUGGAACUGAGUUUAAAAACACCUGCAUACCACCCGAAAUUUAUUUUCUUUUUUCUCUGAGAAUGAGCCUAAACUGCUUUAAUUCCUUACCAAUCAAACACAUUCCUUAAUAUUCUAAUGGCUUCCCUUUCAAUUCCCUCUUUUUCUCAUUUCUCUCCACCAUUUAAAAUCCCUCCAUCACAAACCACACAUAAAUUCAAAAUAACUAAAAUUUAUUCGCAUUCCAAUAGAGCCCUUCCCUUUUUGCAUAAAUUUCAUGUCUUUAGCUUCCCUGAAGCUUCAAAGUGCCACAAGACCAAACAAGAACCGUCUCUCCACCAAAAGAAGCUGUCGUUCUCAACUGGGUAUCUUACUAGACAUGAAGAGAGUGUAAUUCAAUGCAUUACAAGGCCUAUAGUGUAUGCAUUGUUUUGCAUUGCAAUUGGGUUUUGUUCAGUUGGUUCGUUUCCAGCUUAUGCAGCUGUUGCUGAACAGGUUGCAAGUGAAGUUAUUGAACUGAAAAAGAAAGAGAAAGAGAAGAAAUUGAAUGAAGAAAAGUACUCAAAAGGUCAUGAGUAUUCAGAUUAUUCUAGAAAUCUGUUAGCAGAGGUUUCAGUGUUGUUGAAAUGUAUAGAGGAGACUAGGAGGAGAAAUGGGGAUUCAGAGGAAGUGGAUUUGGCUCUGAAGGCUGUGAAAGCAAAGAAAGAAGGAUUACAAGGGCAAAUACUGGAAGGUUUAUAUUCAGAAGUGAGGGAGUUGAAAAAAGAGAAGGAGAGUUUGGAGAAACGUGCAGAUAAGAUCUUGGAUGAGGGGCUGAAAGCUAGAAGAGAGUAUGAGACAUUGGGAAUAAAUGCUGAGAAAGGAAGGAUGGAGGAGUUGGAGGAGAGAAUGGGAGUGAUAGAAGAGGAGUACAGUGGGGUUUGGGAAAAGGUUGGGGAGAUUGAGGAUGCGAUUUUGAGGAGGGAGACAAUGGCAAUGAGUGUUGGCAUCAGGGAGCUCUGCUUCAUUGAGAGGGAGUGUGAGGAGUUGGUGAAGAGAUUUAACCAGGAAAUGAGGCGAAAGAGCAAAGAAAGUCCGCGAAGCAGCUCUAUUACCAAACUUUCCAAAUCUGAAAUUCAGAGAGAACUGGAAACUGCACAAAGAAAAUUGUUAGAACAAAAGAUUCUGCCUACUCUUGUGGAAGUUGAUGGCUUUGGACCUCUAUUUGAUCAAGAUCUAGUGAAUUUUUCUAUAUGUAUAAAACAAGGCCUUAAAGAUUCAAGGAAGCUACAGAAGGAUCUGGAGGCUCGAGUUAGAAAAAAGAUGAAAAAGUUUGGUGAUGAGAAGCGUUUAAUUGUAAUGACACCAGCAAAUGAGGUUGUGAAGGGCUUCCCAGAAGUUGAGUUGAAGUGGAUGUUUGGAAAUAAGGAGGUUCUGGUGCCUAAAGCUAUUCGCUUGCAUUUAUACCAUGGAUGGAAGAAAUGGCGAGAAGAUGCAAAGGCAAACCUAAAAAGAAAUCUAUUGGAAGAUGUUGAUUUUGCUAAACAGUAUGUGGCCCAAAUACAGGAGCGUAUUCUUCUCGAUCGAGAUAGGGUGGUCUCAAAAACUUGGUAUAAUGAAGAGAAAAACAGGUGGGAGAUGGACCCAAUUGCUGUUCCAUAUGCUGUCUCAAAGAAACUAGUGGAGCAUGCUCGAAUUAGGCAUGAUUGGGGUGCCAUGUACCUUGCAUUAAAGGCAGAUGACAAGGAAUACUAUGUUGACAUUAAGGAAUUUGACAUGCUCUAUGAAGAUUUUGGAGGGUUUGAUGGGUUAUAUAUGAAAAUGCUCGCCCAGGAUAUCCCAACUGCUGUUCAUCUGAUGUGGAUCCCCUUUUCAGAAUUGAAUUUGCAUCAACAGUUUCUCUUGAUAGCAAGGCUGGUUCAACAAUGCAUAAGUGGGAUAUGGAAAACUAGAAUUGUUUCAUAUGGAAGGGAUUGGAUUUUAGAGAAAAUUAGGAACAUGAAUGAUGACAUAAUGAUGGCGAUUGUGUUUCCUAUGGUGGAGUUCAUCAUUCCUUACCCGGUAAGGCUACGGUUGGGGAUGGCAUGGCCAGAGGAAAUAGAGCAAAGUGUUGGAUCAACAUGGUACUUGAAAUGGCAAUCUGAGGCUGAAAUGAGUUUUAAGUCCAGGAAAACAGACAAUAUACAAUGGUUUAUUUGGUUCGUUGUUAGGAGUGCUCUAUAUGGAUAUAUUUUGUUUCAUGUUUUCCGAUUUUUAAAGAGAAAAGUCCCAAGACUUCUUGGCUUUGGACCUCUUCGUAGAAAUCCGAACUUGCGGAAGUUACAGAGAGUGAAAGCCUAUAUUAAUUACAAGGUGAGGCGAAUCAAACGUAAAAAGAAGGCAGGGAUUGAUCCUAUAAAAAGUGCUUUUGAACAAAUGAAGAGGGUGAAGAAUCCUCCAAUACCAUUGAAGGACUUUGCUAGUAUUGAUUCUAUGAGGGAAGAAAUUAAUGAAGUUGUAGCAUUUCUACAGAAUCCUAGGGCAUUCCAAGAAAUUGGUGCUCGUGCUCCUCGGGGAGUUCUUAUUGUUGGAGAAAGGGGAACAGGAAAGACAUCUCUGGCACUGGCUAUUGCUGCACAAGCCAAGGUUCCGGUUGUUAAAGUUUCAGCCCAGCAGUUGGAGGCUGGACUAUGGGUUGGUCAGAGUGCAUCAAAUGUUCGGGAGCUGUUUCAAACAGCUAGGGAUUUGGCACCUGUAAUAAUAUUCGUGGAGGAUUUUGACCUUUUUGCUGGUGUUCGUGGCAAGUUUAUACACACCAAGCAGCAGGAUCAUGAGGCUUUCAUUAAUCAACUUCUAGUGGAACUUGAUGGGUUUGAGAAACAAGAUGGGGUUGUUUUGAUGGCUACCACGAGAAAUAUUAAACAAAUUGAUGAGGCCUUGCAACGGCCUGGCCGGAUGGAUAGAGUAUUUUAUCUUCAACUGCCAACUCAAGCAGAAAGGGAGAAGAUUUUACUGAAUUCUGCAAAAGAAACCAUGGAUGAAUACCUAAUCGAUUUCGUGGACUGGAAAAAGGUUGCUGAGAAGACAGCUCUUUUACGCCCUGUAGAAUUGAAACUUGUUCCAGCUUGUUUGGAAGGUAGUGCCUUCCGGAGUAAAUUUGUGGAUGCAGAUGAACUAAUGAGCUACUGCAGUUGGUUUGCGACUUUCAAUGCUAUUUUCCCCAAAUGGAUUCGGAAAACCAAAAUUGCAAAAAAGAUGAGCAGGAUGCUGGUGAAUCAUCUGGGGCUAGAACUGACUAAAGAGGAUCUGCAGAGUGUAGUUGAUUUAAUGGAGCCAUAUGGUCAGAUAAGCAAUGGAAUGGAACUUCUGAGUCCUCCGCUUGAUUGGACGAGGGAGACCAAGUUCCCACAUGCUGUUUGGGCUGCUGGCCGAGGUCUUAUUGCUCUUCUAUUACCAAAUUUCGAUGUUGUAGAUAAUUUAUGGCUGGAGCCCUUUUCUUGGCAGGGAAUUGGAUGUACAAAGAUCAGUAAGGCCAAAAGUGAAGGUUCCUUAAAUGGGAAUGUGGAAUCAAGAUCCUAUCUUGAAAAGAAGCUCGUCUUUUGUUUUGGCUCAUAUGUUGCGUCCCAGCUUCUACUUCCCUUUGGUGAAGAAAAUUUUCUUUCUUCUUCAGAAUUAAGACAAGCUCAGGAGAUAGCUACACGGAUGGUGAUUCAGUAUGGGUGGGGUCCUGAUGACAGUCCUGCAAUUUAUUAUAGCAAAAAUGCGGUUACUUCUUUAAGCAUGGGGAACAAUCAUGAGUAUGACAUGGCAACUAAAGUUGAAAAGAUGUAUGACUUAGCAUAUCUUAAAGCAAGGGAAAUGCUUCAGAAGAAUCAACGAGUACUCGAAAAGAUUGUUGACGAAUUACUCGAGUUUGAGAUCUUGACCGGAAAGGAUUUGGAAAGAAUUUUAGAAAAUAACGCUGGGGUUCAGGAAAAGGAGCCCUAUUUUCUUUCCAAGGCUAAUAAUAGAGAGCCAGUGUCUAGCAGCUUUCUUGAUACAGGAAAUGGAUCAGGACCUGCUCUUUUAGGCGCAUCUAACUAGGAUAUAGGAAACUUUAGCUUCAAGUACACAUUGAUUGUUAAAGGUGACAAUGAGUUCAGAUUGCUUCAGGUAAAGAUUCCGUACCAAACAAAUGUAUCAAUAUGCCUUUUGGCUUUUGAAAGAUUGUGGAAAAAGAAUGUACAGGGAGUAGGUUUAGUUGAGAAGAGGUUCUAUUUUUUCCUUCUCAACUGAAAGUUAUCAGUAACUUAGGGUUGGCGAAAAGUGCUUCUUGUUGUAAUUUGAUUUUUGGCUAUGAAAGUUAACCAUAUUGGAAAGAAUGUGUUCUAUACUUUUUUUUCAAUAUACUGCAAUACAGGAAUCUGACUUUAAAAGUUACA